AUGGCCGUUGACAAGCAAAGAGAUGGUGACGGCAAUGGUACGCAGAUGUCCAACGUGGCUAGCUUGCGCAUACAGCAAAUGCUCAGCCGUUUUGGGAACAUCAGCUCCCUCGGUUGGCAUCCUAUCAAAGUGAGUGCUCUUGGCAACCUACUCGUCUCUUGGAACGAGCUGUCAGUCGGAUACGGGUCGGGAGAUCGUGGCAUAUACAAAACUUCUCCGCAGAUCCUAUGGCAAAAGACGAUGGUUCGAUUAGGUGACAUCACUGUCGUGGUGGUUGGAUAA